UCAAGUGUGCUGUUGGUUAAUACGGUGCUUCUCACAAUUAUAAUAACAUUUUACAUGGCCUUCAUCAGAGAUAUGGUUGUCUCUUUCUGUAUAUUUUGAGGAGUUCCACUUGGAUUGAAUCAAUUUAAGAUGGUGAAUUCGGGGUUCUUUUCCACGGACAAGCCUUUGAAGUCAAGGAAGGUGAGCUUCAGAAUCCCAUACUAUACUCAGUGGGGACAGAACCUUCUGAUCUGCGGUUCAGAUCGGUUGCUUGGUUCAUGGAAUGUGAAAAAGGGUCUAUUAUUGAAGCCUUCUCACCAAGGGGAAGAGCUGAUAUGGUCUGGAAGCAUUCCAGUUCCUCCUGGAUUCCAAAGUGAUUACAGUUACUAUGUGGUGGAUGAUAGAAGAAAUAUCCUGCGAUGGGAGGUUGGAAAGAAAAGGAAACUGUUGCUGCCUGAUGGGCUUCAGGAUGGGCAGUUACUAGAACUUCGUGAUCUCUGGCAGACUGGUUCUGACAAUAUCCCUUUUAGAAGUGCAUUUAAGGAUGUCAUCUUUCGGACGAGUUGGAGUUUGGGUGUUGAAAGGACCCUGGGGAUCACUCAGAAUAAGCUGGACCAGGAUGGUUCAGUAAUUCUGCAAUUCAGAAUCUGCUGCCCCUAUUUAGAGGAAGGAACAUGUAUUUAUGUGCUUGGUAGCUCCUUAAAUCUUGGGCAAUGGAAGAUUCAGGAUGGCCUUAAGCUCGUGUAUGCUGGCGAUUCGUUUUGGCAGGCAGACUGUCUUAUGGGAAAAGAUGACUUUCCUUUAAAAUACAAGUACUGCAAACAUAGUAAGGCUGGAACAUCAGUGGAAUGUGGUGCCAGUCGCGAGAUUUCUGUUGAUGUCACAACAGGUGAAUCUAGAUUUGUAGUUCUUUCAGAUGGCUUAAUGCGGGAAAUGCCUUGGAGGGGAGCAGGUGUCUCAAUACCCAUGUUUUCUGUACGAUCGGACGCUGAUCUUGGAGUUGGGGAGUUUCUUGACCUGAAGUUACUUGUAGAUUGGGCCAUUGAAUCUGGCUUUCAUUUGGUUCAGCUUUUGCCCAUCAAUGAUACAUCAGUCAACUGUAUGUGGUGGGAUUCAUAUCCAUAUAGCUCCCUCUCAGUAUUUGCAUUGCACCCAUUAUACCUACGGGUAGAGGCAAUUUCAGAGAACAUUCCAGAGGAUAUCAAGCAAGAGAUCAGGGAGGCAAGAGUUCAGUUGGAUAAAAAGGAUGUAGAUUAUGAAGCUUCCAUGGCUACAAAACUUUCUAUUGCCAAGAAAAUUUUUGCUCGUGAGAAAGAGACCAUACUAAAUUCAAAAUCAUUCCAGGAGUUCUUUUCUGAAAAUCAGGAAUGGUUGAAACCAUAUGCUGCUUUCUGUUUUCUGCGGAACUUCUUUGAAACAUCUGAGCACAGUCAAUGGGGUCGGUUUUCUGAAUUUUCAAAAGAAAAGCUUGAGAAACUCAUCUCAAAAGAAAGCUUGCACUAUGAAGUUGUUAGUUUUUAUUACUACAUCCAGUUCCAUUUACAUCUACAAUUAUCAGAAGCUGCGGAAUAUGCACGAAAGAAAGGUGUAGUGCUGAAAGGUGACCUGCCCAUUGGUGUUGAUAGGAAUAGUGUCGAUACCUGGGUCUACCCAAAUUUGUUUCGCAUGAACACCUCAACUGGGGCACCACCUGACUAUUUUGAUAAAAACGGCCAGAAUUGGGGAUUCCCCACUUAUAAUUGGGAAGAAAUGUCAAAAGAUAACUAUGGGUGGUGGCGUGCUCGUCUAACACAGAUGGGGAAGUACUUUACAGCUUAUAGGAUUGAUCACAUAUUGGGAUUCUUCAGAAUAUGGGAGCUCCCAGAACAUGCAAUGACUGGCCUUUGUGGAAAAUUUCGACCUUCUAUUCCUAUUAGUCAGGAAGAACUCGAGUCAGAAGGAUUAUGGGACUUCAACCGUCUGACCCAGCCUUGUAUUGGACAAGAGCUUUUACAGGAAAAAUUCGGAGCUUCUUGGACAAUAAUUGCCUCUACUUUUCUGAAUGAAUAUCAAAAGGGCUUUUACGAGUUCAAGGACGAAUGCAAUACAGAGAAGAAAAUUGCAUCUGUGCUGAAGUUAUCCAUGUUUGUAGAGAGUGAAGAGAAGCUACGACGGAAACUCUUUGAUCUUCUGCAGAAUGUAGCACUUAUUAAAGAUCCAGAAGAUCCGAGAAAAUUUUACCCUCGCUUCAAUGUUGAAGACACAACAAGCUUUAUGAAUUUGGAUCAGCACAGUCAAAAUGUCCUAAAAAGAUUAUACUAUGAUUACUACUUCCAUCGACAAGAAGAUCUUUGGCGUGACAACGCCUUUAGGACUCUGCCUGUUCUUUUGAACUCAUCAGAUAUGCUCGCUUGUGGGGAAGACCUAGGCCUAAUUCCCUCCUGUGUUCAUCCUGUGAUGCAAGAAUUGGGCUUAGUAGGCCUACGCAUUCAACGCAUGCCAAGUGAACCUGAUCUAGAGUUUGGUAUUCCUUCUCAAUACAACUACAUGACGGUUUGUGCUCCAUCAUGCCAUGACUGUUCUACUCUACGUGCUUGGUGGGAGGAAGAUGACGAGAGAAGGCACCACUUUUUUCAAGCAGUGAUGGGAUCUGAUGAGUUACCACCUGAUCAAUGCACUCCUGAAAUUGUGCACUUUUUCUUGCGACAGCAUGUUGAAGCUCCAUCAAUGUGGUCAAUCUUUCCGCUCCAGGAUUUGCUAGCACUCAAAGAAGAUUACACGACACGGCCUGCAGUGGAAGAGACUAUCAAUGAUCCAACAAACCCAAAGCAUUACUGGCGAUAUCGUGUACAUGUGACGAUGGAGUCCUUGCUUGAUGAUAAAGACCUCACAAAAACAAUAAAGGGUCUUGUCCACGGGAGUGGAAGAUUUUACCCUCAGAAGGAUCUGGAAUCAGGUCAGGCAACUGGUGAAGGAUUAGCAAAGCUGCAGCUAGGGAGUGAACUCCCUUCAGGAACACAGACAAAUGGACUCUCCAACAAGGAAGCUGUGGCAUUUGUAUGACUAUAAAAUGCUCUUUUAGAUGCUCAUGUCAAAGCUGAAACAAAUAAAUCCUUCGUUACCCUACCCUUACAACUACCUUGUCCGCCAUGUGGUUCAAUAGCUUGUCAUACAAUAUAAUUAAACUAGAUUUGAAGCUAUAUUUUAUUUUAUAGAAAUAAAAGAAUCAUUGUAUGGUA